AUGAGCCGUGCUCUCGGGAACUUCGGAAGACAAGUGAAUCAGUUGGUGAGCGCUGGAACAAACGCGCCGAAGCGACCGACGACCGUUUUUCUCACGCAUGUCAAAUGGGUGACCGGACGAGAGCAACUUCGGUCGUACUUCGGAAAGUUCGGCCAAAUUGAGAAGAUUUCCAUGUUUUUUGAUCCCGAGACAGGCCUCCACCGUGGAUUCGCCUCAGUCACCUAUCUCGAUCAUCAGAGUGCCGCGAUGGCGAUUCAACAGAAACCGCAUAUCGUUGAUGGAGAUCGGGUUGAUGUGGAACUGUUUGUGCCGAUGAAAUCGAAGAAGAAGAGUGUCGAGUUCACGAUU